UUCAAUCCCUGGACUUGAGCAGCAGCGGUAUUACGGAGCUUCACAGUCCACAGGCCUGCCUGAUAGGUAAAUAGCUGUCAAGUCCAUCAAAAAAGAACAAACAAACCGCUGUACUGUACUGUUGAUGUACAAUAAUCGAACCGGACAGCCAGUAAAAUGGUGACAGAAUAAGAGCUGAGCUGUUGACUUUUCUAUUAAUCUUGGAUUUCGAGAGAAGAGGGCUAUGUUUGUGCAGGAGGAGAAGAUUUUUGCAGGGAAGGUGCUGAAAAUCCAUAUUUGCACCAUGGAGGGGGCAGAGUGGUUGGAAGAGGUAACCGAGGACACCACCAUUGAAAAACUCAAGGAAAAGUGCUUGAAACACUAUGUCCAUGGGAGCCUAGAAGACCCUAAGACUGUGACUCAUCACAAACUGAUCCAUGCUGCUUCAGAAAGAGUCCUAGCAGACACUAAAACUGUAGUAGAGGAGAAUAUUAAAGAUAAAGAUGUCUUACUGUUAAUAAAAAAGAGACCACCUCCUCCCCCACCGAAGAUGACUGAAGUGUCUACAGAAGAAAAGAAGAAACAGGAACAAAAAGCUCCAGACAAAGAUGCCAUCCUUAAAGCAACAGCAAACCUUCCUGUUCGCCAUUCUGACCGAACAGUCGCACAACACAAUAUCCGAGAUGCAGUACCCUUUUUUGGACAUAAAAAGUUUCAGACAGAACUCAGGAAAAUCCUUGUCUCUCUCAUUGAAGUGGCACAGAAGCUACUGGCACUUAACCCUGAUGCUGUAGAAUUAUUUAAGAAAGCCAAUGCCAUGUUGGACGAAGACGAGGAGGACAGAGUGGAUGAGAUGGCCCUCCAGCAGCUUACCGAAAUGGGCUUCCCUGAGAGCCGAGCAGUCAAAGCCUUGCGUUUAAACCACAUGUCAGUGACGCAGGCAAUGGAGUGGCUGAUAGAGCAUGUGGAUGACCCCACGGUUGACGCCCCCCUGCCAGGCCAGGAGACUGCAGGCGCAGCAGCUCCUCCUGCUGGCACCAGCAUUGCAACUGCUAGGGCACCUUCGGAAUCCAACGCUGAAGACUCCAAGCAAGACGAGCUUACCGAAAUCUUCAAAAGGAUUCGCAGGAAAAGAGAGUUCAGGCCUGACUCACGGGCUGUGAUUGCACUAAUGGAAAUGGGAUUUGAUGAAAAAGAAGUCAUUGAUGCUCUGCGAGUUAAUAAUAACCAGCAAGAUGCCGCUUGCGAUUGGCUAUUGGGAGACAGGAAGCCAUCUCCGGAGGAUUUGGACAAGGGCAUUGACACAAACAGCCCUCUGUUUCAGGCAAUUCUGGAGAACCCCGUCGUCCAGCUGGGGCUCACCAACCCGAAAACACUGCUAGCAUUUGAAGACAUGCUGGAGAACCCUUUAAACAGCACGCAAUGGAUGAAUGAUCCCGAAACCGGGCCGGUGAUGCUACAGAUAUCUAGAAUCUUCCAGACACUAAAUCGCACAUAGGGUCUACCUUCAGUAAGGGCAAGCACCGCUGCUCCGCCUCUGAAGAGUGCAAUAGAUUCUAGACAGACUCUGUCUAGUGUGAAAGCUUUGAACUGCUCUCACUGAGCACAACAAACAGAUCACCUCUGUUUAUAAGGGAAAUGUGUGUGUAACUGUGACUUGAAUUCCCUUUUGCCUUGCAGACUUAGUACUAGUGGAGGUGUGAUGUGGAGUGUUAGUAAGAGAUUGAAACUAGGAUUGACAUAAAAUGUGCAAAUGCUGCAUAACUAUAUCUAUUUAUAAUACAGGAGAACACUUGUAAAAACCAACAUAAGCAUUGUUUAUGUUUUAAUAAGAACAAUAUCAGGUUGUUAAAUCAUUUUUAAUUUAAAUUUUCAGUGUUAAAGUGACAUUUGGUUAUCCAAAAAAAGUUUACACUUCCAAAACAUGUUGUUUUGUAUGUUUUUGUUAAGGUCUUUAAUUUAAAAUACCAGACUUAGAAAACUAUUCCCAAAUUGCUACAUUUCACCAAAAAAAGGAAAUGAUUACAGUACGACGUCAAUAGCUUUGUCUUUUUUAUCCUUCUUUCUUUUUGCACUGUUCUAUUCGUACCAUAAUUUGCAUAUGCAUGGUAAGAGAAAACGGUCAGAGACUUUUUGUGGGGCAGUACAGUACUGGCAGACGAAAAGGAGUCUAAUAUGUAAAAAGCAAUAUCAUUCCUUUUAAAAAAUAAUUAUUAAAAAUGGAAUACAGUGCACUGA